CUUGUUAUGCACCCUAAUCCAAGAACACAUUUCUCAUGCUCUCAUGGUAUAGCCCGACAACAGCUACCAUCUCCAAGCUAUACGCUUGUUUGGCGUCUCAGUCCGGCUUGACAGCGUUUAUGAUAGUUGGGUUUAGCUUCCUGCCUAAUCUAGGUCCGAGGGUCUUAUGUCUGACUAAAGACUUUGUGCAUCGCCUUGGAGCAUGCCUUGAGGCUCAUGAGUGUUUUGAGGCUCUGAACGGAAGUAUAUGUCACGCAUAUGCCUCAUUGUUGACACGUGUUGCCCUUAAUUUUCCUCAUGCCCUCCACGAGCCGGCUCGGGCUGUCAUUGAAUUCCCCUAAUUUCCCUUGGAUAGCCUCGGAGACCUCGAUAAGCCUCCGAUUUGAACGAUCACACCUGGCAUACACGAGGCACCCACAAACAAGGUAGAAAUAUGUGACCUCCCUUACCUGGAUAGAUUCCCAGCUCUCCCGGUUCUCUGACUUCGACGCUCACCAAGGCCCACCUCAACUAUGACUACCCUCUCUACUCUCUCUGUCGAUUCCCUUCCCCGCCAUGGGUCACAGAAGUCGCCUUCACCACUAACGCCUCUCCCGCAGCACGGCUUCGGUGCCGAGUGCUGCUUCGAUGGUCUUAUCGAGCGAAACCCUUUCCUCUUCCGCGUAUAUACUCCCAAAUCCCAUGCUCGCCCCGAGUCAGAGCCGUUUUUUGUUGGACAGAAGUACAACUCUUCUUACUCCGACGCUCCAGAGACCUUGGAGUCCCCGUCAGGGGCAUCGGUCGCUGAACUCAGCACAUAUCGAGACGUCGUUCAACAUAUGGACUGGACACAGAGGCACAUGUCGCCGUACAUCUCGUCAUCGUUCAGCUUCACCUGGGCUAUCUGGGAGGCCGCCCGCAGAUAUCGUCAUGGUGUCAAGCAUGACAUUCACAUCGCCGUCAUUGAUGCUCGGGCUCUAGAAGGGCGGGCAGCGACCGCUCUCGAAUUGUUACGUAAAAGCGAUCCCAGCGAUCGCCAUGCAGACCACUGGAAGUGGUAUAGAUUUGCUCAGGAGUCGCAAGACGUGCUUGUGUAUGGUUCAGUUCCUCGAUCUGCCGUUAUCGCCACUGUGCCCCUCCUCUCGCUCGUUGAGAAGCUCCCCUCCUACUUCCGCUCCGACAAGGAACACAACUCGCUUUUCCCAUUCGACUCCCUCUCGUGGAACACCAUGGAUCGCAAGGCUAGCUUCCGCCAAUUCUGUCAAGACAUGUCCAACCAGUUCCUUAGUCUGUCGCAGGAGGUUCGCAUGCGCGAGGCAACGAGCGGCUCGUUGAAACUCGCGAUGGCGUUCCUUCGCCCGUGGUUCCACCACACCAUCGCCGAAGACUUCCACAAGGCUACCUCGACCGUCGCGCGGCUGGCACUCAUCGUUGCCCAGUGGCCCGCCCAGUGGUGGUCUCGUGAACACUCGCAGAUACGGGACGUUCUACGCCAGAUGAUCGAGGCCAUCGCCGAAGAGAUCCGCCAGAAGCACCAGACCGACUCGGUCAAGGAGGUCGCGCGCCUCCAGGGCAUCGUCUCGGAGCUCGAGCGUCUCCUGGAGGACUACGAGUCCACUGAGGGCGAGCUUUCGGACUCGUCGACUGAAGUCGACGUUGAGGAGCUUGACUCGCUCAGCGAGAUGGGCAAGUGCAUCGACUUCUCGCUCGCCAAGCACGAGUCACAUAUCCUGUCGCCAAUCAUCGAGGAGAUGGAUUCAGACGAGGAGGAUGUAGACCUUUCCGCUUCUGACAUGACGCUCGUCGCCGAGCCCAUGUUCAUCCCUACUCUCAAGGUAGAGAAACCCACCGAAGAGGACAACAAGCAAGGCUGCGAGGUGGAGGUGCAAACCGAACCUUUCGAGCCCAAGCAGACGGAAUCCAAGGCCGUUUCCCCCGUCACCGCCCAGCCCUCCGAAGCGUUGUCGAUUGCUCUUGUCAAGCACGAACAGAAGCAAGAGCCCGAGGUUCAAGAAAUCCACUUGCACCACUACCACCGAUGCCGCUCGGCCUCGCUAGUCGAGACCGCGGGGUGCAUUAUCACAAGCCUCGUCGUUGGCGCCUUCAUUACACUCGCUGUGGUCAACUCCCAGCGGCGCACGCUCAUCUACGUCACCUAGAGUGGUGGCGUAGACGGGUGUUGUUUUCGUAUUCUUUGUAUUUCUGGUGUUGUAUUUCUCAAAAGACUAUCCUUGUUGUAGGAAAUCAAAGGUUGUAUUUCUAGAGCUUGUUUUACUAGAGGGUUUCCUUUCUCUCGUCGGACGGUAUCUAUUUGGUAUUUAAAGUUAUGUUGUAUCUCCACUCCUCACACCGCAGGCGCAGCGCGCACGCGGCAAAGUCCCCACCACUCUAUGCCCUGUAGAUAUAUGUUUACCUAGUCGUAUGCCCCACACCACCUCUAUGCAGUUGUUCUUUUGGAGCCCGCGUGCUCAAC